GUGCUUGAGUAAGUACGACAACUGGGCGUGAGAAGGAACUUAAAACUACUACCAAUUGUUAACAUUUUCCCCAACAGCAGUCCCAAAACAGGAUUACCAACCAUUUCUACUGCUGUAUUUCUACCUUCAGACUAAGUGUUAUGACCUGAGGUCAACCAAGUUUCAUCAUUCAAUGCAUUAACAGAAUUGACUAGAUCUAGAUUGGAAGAAGCAUCUGAUCUCACCAAUGGAUUUUUUAGAGAAUAACAGUGAACAGCUUAUUCAAAGAAUGGGGAUGGGAACUGUCAAGAAAAUUGUAGAUUGUCUUUUUGCAAAAUCUGUUUUGUCACAUGAAGAAAAAGAUAGUAUCAUUUGCCAAAAACCAAGGCAGGAUGCAUCAAGAAAAUUGAUAUACUCCAUUUUGAAAAAAGGUGACAAAGCUUGUGAUCUUUUGGUGAGAUCACUGGAAAAAACAGAUUUUUUUCUUUUUCAGAAACUACAGGGAACCUAUACUGCUGGGCAAGUUACACAACAAGAUGUUGAUUACUUGGCUCAGGAAUUGACUAGCUUCUAUAUGCGUCCAUCCUUUGAAAAUUUUCAUCCACUAGGAGAAGAAAUUGAUAUCAUCUUUAACUUGAAGAAUACCUAUACAGAUAUCUUGCUUUGGAAGAAAGAUAUCCACAAUGCCCGACUGGCACAAAUGCCUUUAAAUGCCCUUUUAGAUGAACUUGAAAGCCCCUGUAUCAUAGAGGGAGAAGCUGGGAAAGGAAAAACAACUCUCCUCAAAAAGAUUGCUUUACUCUGGGCUAAUGAAGAUCAUCCUUCUUUGAUGAGGUUCAAGCUCGUCUUCUUCAUCAGCCUGAGCGGGACAGAGGCAGGACUGUAUGAAACCAUAUGUGAGCAGCUUCUUAGGAAGAAAUAUAGAAUAUGUAAAGAGGACUUUAUGGAGAUAUUAGAAUUGCUAGGAGAAAAAGUCCUUUUCCUUUUAGAUGGGUAUGACGAAUUCAAAUCUCAGAGCUGCCCAGAAAUAGAAGGACUGAUAAAAGAAAGUCAUAAGUUCAAAAACACAGUUAUUGUUACUACAAGGACAGAGUCAAUUCGAAGAUUGAGGCUGUUUGGGUCACUGAUUGCUGAGACAGGCGAUCUAACUGUGGAAAGUGCAAAAACACUAGUUAAAAAUGUAUUGAAAGAAGUCACAUUAGCUGAGGGCCUGCUGUCUCAGUUGGAGAAAACAGAUUCCACUUUUCAGAAUUCAGGGCCUCAGCUUGAGAACCUCAUGAAGACCCCCUUAUUUGUGAUUAUUGCUUGUGCCAUCCAAAUGGGAGAAUCCACUUUUACUCCACAUACACAAACCACUCUGUUCUCCACCUUAUAUGAUUUGCUGGUAGGAAAAAACAAGCACAAGAUCAGAGGGACAACUGACAAACAUUUUCGGCUCAGCAUAAUCCACUGUGGAGAUUUAGCUUUGGAUGGAAUCUUUGAGCAAAAAUUUGUUUUUCAUCCUGAGGAUUUCUCCAGUGUGAAAGAACAAGUGCUGUUGGCUGUAGGCCUCAUGCACAAGUACACAGCUCAGAGACUAAAAGAAGCAUAUACAUUUUUUCAUAAAUCUUUCCAAGAAUAUAUUGCAGGUAGGAGACUUUCCAGACUAUUGGAAUCCCAUAGGGAUGAGGAAGUAACCAGAGGAUUCAGUUAUCUCCAAAGGAUUUACAGCUUCUCAGAUAUAAUUACUACUUACCACAGUUUACUUUUGUAUACCUGUGGAUCAUCUUCUGGAGCCACCAGAAAAAUUAUCAGGCAUCUAUCAGCCAUUCAUCAGCAGGGCAGUCUUUUUGGAGUGCCUUUUGCUCAUGAUUUAUUUCCAGAAAAACUCAAGAAAUAUGAACAAAUUGCUCAAGAAGAAGAUGGGCUAAUUGCGACUCAGGAAAAUUCAUUUGUGGAGUGUGCUAUUAGAUUUCUUUAUGAAAGCAUCUCUGAAACAACUGUAAAGGAGGAGUUUGAGGAAUUCUUCCAUGAUAAAAAAUUGUACAUCAAUACCCAGAGCAUUCCUACCUAUGUCUGUGGGUUUUUUGACUAUUUUUCUAAUUGUGUAAGUGUGCUAGAACUCAUCAAAUUAGACUUUUUUGGGAAUUCAUCAACUGAAAAAGAGGAGAAAAAGGAAUGUUCUACAACGACAACAUGGAAAACAGUCAUCCCUGAAAAGGCAGUCUCCUUAUUCUUCAAUUGGGAUCAAAAGCUCAACGGUUUAGAAAUUACAUUAAAAGAUUUCAGUCAGUUAGAAAAGGGCGAUGUUAAGUAUCUGGAAAAAAUAUGUUGCUCUGCCUCAAGUCUGAGACUGAUUAUAAACAAAAGUCCUGGCCUCACAGGAAAGUUGAGGGAAGUCCUCAUUAGCUGUACAAAUCUGCAGGACCUUGUUGUAGAGUCCACACCUCUUAGCAUAGAAGAUGAGCAACAGAUAACCAAAAUGAUGGUACUGAAAACUAUAAAGAUAAAAGACCUGCAAAGUGAAAGCCAGCAUGGAGGCCUUCUUGAUGGAAUAUCUACUCUUGCUAAUGUGGAAAAAAUUAUUUUUGAUAACGUCAAGAUGAAUGAGAACACUGUUGAAAAAUUAGCUGAAAGCUUAAAGAAUUUGAAAAAACUGAAUUUACUGCAAUUGAAAGAGUUUACAAAUGUUGAAGAUGGAAUGAUAAAUAUAGUAAAAUCAAUAUCCUUAUAUCUUCAAGAGCUAGAAGAAAUUUAUUUAGUUAACUGCUGCAUUUCUGCGACUGCUGUAGAAAUUCUAGUUCAGAAUAUUUGCAAUUUACCUAAACUUUAUGCACUUGACUUAUCCAAUAAUUUUUUGGGAAAUGGAGGAAAAGCUCUUUGUGGACUAGUUGAAAGCUUAAAUAUCCUACCAAACAUGAAAAUUCUGAUGUUUCCUUGGGUGGAUGAAGUCAGUGUUUGCCUUACUAAGUUAGAAGAGCUAGAGAGAAUGCCACAGUUGACCAAACUUGGGCUAAAGAAAUGGCGAACUACCAACUCCGAGGCCAGUAUUCUGAGCACUCUUUUUGCAAGAGCAUCCCUAAGAGAUCUCCAGCAUCUGGACGUGGCAGAGAAUUCCCUGACAAGUGAAGGAUGGCUUACUAUCUUGAAGGCAUUAAUACAUCUCAAGAAGAUGACAUUUCUAGACUUCAGCCAACCACAGGGCUUUACACCUUCUGCCCUUUUAGUCUUGGCACUGGCCCGUCUAAUAAGCCAGCUGGUUUCUUUACAAGCGAUUGAUCUGACUGGUUGGCAGUUUGAUACUCAUGAGCUGCAAGAAAUUAACAAGGCAAAGGAAAGUCAUAGGAAUGAGUUGCAAGUAAUAGUUUCUUAAAUCAAGCCACUUCCGGACAUAACAUUGAUUCAUUCCUCAAUCCCAGAGCCUAACUGAAGUGCCUCUCUGUUUUAUCCUAAGUAUCCAGACCUUAAUAUGAAGACCAGUUAUUGACUUACUGGUGGAAAAAGACAGAAUAUAACAAAAUUAGAAAAAAAAAAAAGUGAAAUAGAUAUUUUUUUAAAAGCC